CCAGCACCCCCUCCUCCUUCCCUUUUCCCUCCUCCCAGGAGACAGGGGAGGAGAAAAGGGGAGCUUGGGUCGUCAUGACUGAGCUGCAGGCAAAAGAUCCGCAGGUUCUCCACACGUCUGGCGCUUCGCCCUCCCCCACACACAUCGGGUCCCCCUUGCUUGCACGCUUGGACUCGGGUCCCUUCCAAGGGAGCCAGCACUCGGACGUGUCGUCUGUAGUCUCGCCUAUACCGAUCUCCCUGGACGGGCUGCUUUUUCCUCGGUCCUGCCAGGGUCCGGAGCUCCCAGACGGAAAGACAGGGGACCAGCAGUCGCUGUCCGACGUGGAGGGAGCUUUCUCUGGGGUAGAAGCCACUCAUAGGGAAGGAGGCAGAAAUUCCAGAGCCCCGGAGAAGGACAGCAGACUCUUAGACAGUGUCUUAGACACGUUGUUGGCUCCCUCCGGGACCGAGCAGAGUCACGCCAGCCCUCCAGCCUGCGAGGCCAUCACUUCCUGGAGUCUCUUUGGGCCAGAGCUUCCAGAAGACCCCCGCAGUGUCCCUGCUACCAAAGGGUUGUUGUCCCCGCUCAUGAGUCGGCCAGAGAUCAAGGCUGGCGACAGCUCCGGGACAGGAGCAGGACAGAAGGUGCUGCCCAAAGGACUGUCACCACCCAGGCAGCUGUUGCUCCCUACCUCAGGGAGUGCUCACUGGCCCGGGGCAGGGGUGAAGCCGUCCCCGCAGCCAGCUGCAGUGGAGGUGGAAGAGGACAGUGGCCUGGAGACCGAGGGCUCUGCAGCUCCGCUUCUAAAGAGCAAACCUCGAGCACUGGAAGGCACCGGCAGCGGAGGAGGAGUCGCAGCCAACGCGGCCUCAGGGGCCCCAGGAGGCGUCACUCUGGUUCCAAAGGAAGAUUCCCGGUUUUCUGCUCCCAGGGUCUCCUUGGAGCAAGACUCUCCUAUUGCCCCCGGGCGCUCCCCACUGGCCACCACGGUGGUGGAUUUCAUCCAUGUGCCCAUCCUGCCUCUGAACCACGCACUCCUGGCCGCCCGCACCCGGCAGCUGCUGGAGGGGGACAGCUACGACGGCGGGGCCACAGCCCAGGGCUCUUUUGCCCCGCCUAGGGGCUCGCCCUCCGCGCCAUCCCCGCCGGCGCCCUGCGGUGACUUCCCAGACUGCACCUACCCUCUGGAAGGCGACCCCAAAGAGGACGUGUUCCCUCUAUACGGCGACUUCCAGCCGCCUGGCUUGAAGAUCAAGGAGGAGGAGGAGGGCGCGGAUGCUGCUGUGCGCUCGCCGCGCCCCUACCUGUUGGCAGGAGCCAGCUCCUCCACCUUCCCAGACUUCCCGCUGGCACCGGCGCCGCAGCGAGCGCCAUCCUCCAGGCCCGGAGAAGCGGCCGUGGCCGGCGGACCCAGCAGCGCCGCGGUGUCGCCAGCGUCCUCCUCGGGCUCCGCGCUGGAGUGCAUCCUGUACAAAGCGGAGGGCGCGCCGCCCACGCAGGGUUCGUUCGCGCCACUGCCGUGCAAGCCACCAGCCGCCGGCUCCUGCCUACUACCCCGGGACAGUCUGCCGGCCGCCCCGGCCACCGCGGCAGCACCCGCCAUCUACCAGCCGCUCGGCCUCAAUGGGCUCCCGCAACUGGGCUACCAGGCCGCGGUGCUCAAGGACAGCCUGCCCCAGGUCUACCCGCCAUACCUUAACUACCUGAGGCCAGAUUCAGAAGCCAGCCAGAGCCCACAGUAUGGCUUUGAUUCCUUACCUCAGAAGAUCUGCUUAAUCUGCGGGGAUGAAGCAUCUGGCUGUCACUAUGGUGUGCUUACCUGUGGGAGCUGCAAGGUCUUCUUUAAGAGGGCAAUGGAAGGGCAGCAUAACUAUUUAUGUGCUGGAAGAAAUGACUGCAUUGUUGAUAAAAUCCGCAGAAAAAACUGCCCAGCAUGUCGUCUGAGAAAGUGUUGUCAGGCUGGGAUGGUCCUUGGAGGUCGUAAGUUUAAGAAGUUUAAUAAAGUCCGAGUUAUGAGAACCCUUGACGGUGUUGCUCUCCCCCAGUCGGUGGGCCUUCCUAAUGAGAGCCAGACCCUGGGCCAGAGAAUCACCUUUUCACCAAAUCAAGAAAUUCAACUGGUCCCGCCACUCAUCAACCUGCUCAUGAGCAUUGAGCCUGAUGUGGUCUAUGCAGGGCAUGACAACACAAAGCCUGACACUUCCAGCUCUUUGCUGACCAGUCUCAACCAACUAGGCGAGAGACAACUGCUUUCAGUAGUCAAAUGGACUAAAUCUCUGCCAGGUUUCCGGAACUUACACAUAGAUGACCAGAUAACCCUGAUUCAGUACUCUUGGAUGAGCCUGAUGGUGUUUGGCCUGGGGUGGAGGUCGUACAAGCAUGUCAGUGGACAGAUGCUAUAUUUUGCACCCGAUCUAAUCCUAAAUGAGCAGAGGAUGAAGGAGCUGUCAUUCUACUCGCUGUGCCUUACCAUGUGGCAAAUCCCACAGGAGUUUGUCAAACUCCAGGUGACCCAUGAGGAAUUCCUCUGUAUGAAAGUCUUACUACUUCUUAACACAAUUCCUUUGGAAGGACUGAGGAGUCAAAGCCAGUUUGAAGAGAUGAGAUCAAGCUAUAUCCGAGAAUUGAUCAAGGCAAUUGGUUUAAGACAGAAAGGGGUUGUCCCCAGCUCACAGCGUUUCUACCAACUCACAAAACUUCUUGACAGCUUACAUGAUCUUGUGAAACAGCUCCACCUGUACUGCUUGAAUACAUUCAUCCAAUCCCGGACACUGGCUGUGGAAUUUCCAGAAAUGAUGUCUGAAGUUAUUGCUGCCCAGUUGCCCAAGAUCCUGGCGGGCAUGGUGAAGCCGCUCCUCUUUCACAAAAAGUGAUGACUUUUCUUUGUUUUCUUUGUGAAAAUUGAAUUUUGUGGUGUGCCAUCUUUUUCUCAAUCAGGAUGGUCAGGUCUUGUGUCUUUAUAAUGCCUUUCUGAUAGCCUUAUAUGUAUGCACUAUCACACUGUAAAGUUAGGAGAAAAACAAUGACAUUCUGACUUUCCUUUGUAAUGUCUAAGCAGAGGUUUUUUUUUAAGUGUUGUGUGCACCCAUAUUUUAAGAGUUUACAUGGUUUUUUAAAAAAAGGACUAAAAUUGAUUGUACAAGUAAACUAUAUUUCACCCAUUAUUUCAAACUUUUCAGAUGAGUGUAAUCAACUUUUUCAUCUGACAGAUCUCCAUGAGAAGGGAAGAAACACCCCUACCUUUAAUUACAACAGGCUACUACACAGGCUACGGCUAUGUAGCUCCUUUGGUCUCCGUGCUUAUAUUUCCAAAAAUGACUCUUAAAAUGGCAGUCAAAAUGUGAUGUGAAACAGAUUUUCAGAGGGCUUUUAGUGAAAAACAAAACAACAACAAAAAAAAAAAAAACAGAGAUGAAAUGGGUUGAUGUUUUUAACUCUAGGCAAACUGUGUUCAGGGUGCCUGCCUGAAAACAGAUUGAUGACAGAGUUAAUGGCAGCUAUUCAGUUGCUGUGACAUUUUUGAGGGCAGGUUCAGGGGGAGGGUGUCUUUAAAUAAGACCUGUGAAUAGACAGAAAUUGUGAGAUCUGUUUUCUCAUUGGAAUCCCUGCGGUUGGCUGACCUUACAAAGUCGGUCUCCAUUGGUAGUUCCGUGUCCUUGCUUUUAAAAAUGAUAUGGCAGCAUUUCUCUUGACAAAUGUUUCCUUUGGCCAUUUAGUCUUAUUGACAUUUACCAAAGA